AUGACCUUCUUUCACUUUGUUUCCACCUUCCUAUUGUCCUUUGUCUCUCCCUAUGUCGUAUAUUAUUCAAAACAGUCAUCAUCAGCGACAUCAUCAUCGGGAUUAAAGGAAAAAGAUGAAAGAAGAUUUAGUAAUAUUGUGGUCGGAAUUGUUGCCUAUGGCUUAACAUUAUUUUGUAAAAUGUUUUUAAUUGCUGUGGUGAUUCAAGAUGGAACCAAUUUGCAAAGUGGAGCAAUUAAUUUUGAUGAUACUACUACAUCAUCGGGAAUGGUUGAAAGUUUGAGUUUUUCCUUUUUAAUUACCGAAGUGCUGAAAACAUUGAUUGGUGCUUUGGAUAUGAUCGGAAUUUACUUCUUGCUAUCUUCAAGAUGGCUGUUGGGCGACCAGAUUUCACAAAUUUAUGGAUGUGCUAUUGGAUGGACAAUGGGUGAUAAUUUAUUGAAUCGUCUAAUUCCACUUUGGUUUAGUACUCGUGGCUUACAAUUUGAAACAAAGGCUCUCCAAAUGGCUGUCUAUUCCAAUGUUGUCAUGCUUGAAUGGAUUUCUGUGGUGAUUUUUGUUUUCCUUUACAGUAGAAAAAAGUAUGACCAAAAGACCUUUGCUUGGAAUGCUUUAGCAGCUCUUUCUGUGGUUCCACUUGUGGUCGAAAUUUUGAAAAUCCUACUAGGUCUGAAUCAAUGCGUAUGGUGCUUGGUUGGAAUUAAGGCUGUCGUGUAUGGUGUCACCUUGUUGAUUGCCAAUUCAAGAUACUCUCAAUUUGAACAACAACAAAAGUAA